AUGUUUGGUCUGGUCAAUCCGACGCUCGAAUCCAUGCGGAUCAAGGCGUCGUACCUCAACGACUUCAGUGCUGGAGCUGUGCUGGCAACGGUGGUGGAACCAACAGAAAAGGAGCCAUUUCGGUCGGUGGUGGUCAAGUGGAUGGAGAUCGAUAUUCCCGGAGCGUCAGUUGGAAUCGUCCGCAAUCGCGACUACAUUUACGUGGAGAGCUCAGGCAUCCUUUAUCUCCAAAACGGUGAACGCGUGGGCUAUCAUCUUUUCCACUCUGUCAACUUCCCAGAAACAUGUGAGCUACCGGGCCGAGUUCGCGGUAACAUGUCGCUCUGUGCCAUUUUCCACCAAGAGGAUACAGAUCGAACAGAUUGCUUUGGUACAGGUUAUUCUUACUGUGGACAAAUGAAGAAGUCUGCAUGA